UCGUAUUGCUUUGUUCCUGUAUAUCUUUCAUUUUAAAAUCUCAUUGCAAGAUUCACAGAAUCCGGCGGACAGCCUAUCCUGCGGUUCUUCCUUCUCACACACUGUUUUUUAGCCUGUGCUCCUAACUUGGAAGUAGAGGUCUGGAACACAGGCUUCCUGUUGUUCCACACUUCUGGCUUCCGAGAACUGAAAACAUGAGUCACCGUCAACUAACUUUAGGAUUCAGGCUGUUGGAAAUAUUAACUCUCAGAGUUUCGCACAUUCAGCUUAAAAGUCUCAAUAGCUGUGUACAAGCCACUUCAUCCUUAACAGAUUAUUGAAAUCAAAAAAGCUGGCUAGCAACUUCGCCAAGGCUCUGAAAGAAGAGUAUUGAAUCCUUUCGACGAGAGUUUAGAUAAGGAAUUUUUAGCAUUGGUUUUGUUAUGAUGGCGGGAACACUCAAGAAAAUGGAGGUUGAAACAAGGCAAAAAAUGCAGAAAAUGAAUCUUAAUGAGUUCCAAUCCAUUCAACCCAAAGAAAGCGACGAGGAGAUUGUGACUGAUUUGUCUCCGGAAAUCAUCAAUUCUGAGAUGGAGGAAGACGGAGCAAGUAUGACGGAAACUGGGAACUUACUUAGACAGCAAAGGAAUAUUGAAACAUGUCUCGUACAUGACUUGACAGACAAUGAAGUCAGAGAGAUAGCAAUUCGGCUAGACCCCCCUGGUGUCGUAUCGAAAAACUGGCACGACUUGGCUCAUUACCUUGGCUUCGACGAGCUAGAAAGAGCGGCAUUCCAGCGUGCAUAUUGUGGUGGUGGCAGUCCUGCCUUGAAUUUUUUCAUUUCUCUCAAGACCCGUAAGGUAAAAGAAGAUGAUGUGGAAGCUUUAAAACGCAUAUGUCAGACAAUGAAUCGCUUUGACGUUGUCAGAUACAUAGACGCCCAAUGCAACAAUUCACUGGUGACAUUGAAAACUAAGAUUUCGGAUUUACCUCAGACCAUCAUCAUAGGAUUGGCAGAGAGACUAAAUCCAAGUUCAGUUCCCAUACUGAGUUGCUGGAAGCAUAUUGCCAGCAACUUUGGCUAUUCAACAGUAGAAAUUCAAAGUUUGGAGACAACAAUAUCGCAGCCGAACAAAUUCAGCCCCACGGAGGAGCUGUUCAGAGCUGUUAAAAAGGACAGGCCUGAUAUGAAAGUUAAAUUUUUAAACGAGUGUUUGCGCAAAAUUAGGCGAAAUGAUGUUGUAGCUUUAAUCGAAGGUUUCUUCUAGCCUGCCGAAGAGAAUGUUGGUUUCGGAGGGAAUUUAAUACAGAAUAAUAUGUUGAAGCAAUUGUUUUC